AUGUCUGACAGCUACGGUGACAACAGCUACGGCUCCAGCCGCCGCGACAACGACAACGACAACAGCUACGGUUCUUCCAACCGUGAUAACGACAACGACAACAGCUACGGCUCUAGCCGUCGUGACAACGAUAACGACAACUCGUAUGGCUCUGGCAACAACAACAACAGCGGCAGCUACGGCUCAUCUGGCCGCGACAACAGCGAUUCGUAUGGCUCUAGCAACAACGAUUCAUACGGAUCCAGCAACAAUGACUCUUAUGGCUCAAGCCGUCGUGACAAUGAUAACGACAACUCUUAUGGCUCGUCCGGUAACUCUGGUCUGAGCGGCGGCAACGACAGCUACGGCUCCAGCCGUCGCGAUAAUGACAACGACAACUCCUACGGCUCCAGCAACAAGGACAGCGAUUCUUAUGGAUCCAGCAACAAUGACUCUUACGGCUCCAGCAACAAGGACAACGACAACUCCUAUGGCUCCAGCAACACCGACUCCUACGGUUCCGGUAACAAGAGCAGCGACUCUUAUGGCACCAGCACCAGCAACACAUACGGCUCUGGCAACAAUGACAGCUACGGCUCUGGCAACAAUGACAGCUACGGCUCUAGCAACAACGACUCUUAUGGGUCUAGCAACAAGGACAACGAUUCUUAUGGUUCUAGCAACACAUACGGAUCUGGCCGUGACAAUGACAACGACAACGACCGAUCAGGUGGUUUCCUCGACAAGGUCAAGGACAAGGUUGAGGACAAGCUCAGGGGAAACAAGAACAGUGGUGACAACGACUACUAA